GGCGACAGCAUGGGUCGUGCCGGCAGCGAUGGCGGCGGCGGGCCAGCGGCCAUGGAUCCGGUGCGCAGCUUUGAGCGCUGGAAGAAGAAAUACACCCGGCGGACGACGAGGCUGCGGCAGCAGCGCAAGGAGAGGAAGCGGCCCGAGUGGCAGGUGGAGCGAGAGGGCAUCAGCCGCCUGGUGCAGCGCUAUUCGGAGAUAAAUGCAAGUGAAAUUAAAAGAUUUUCAGAUUUUCCAUUGUCAAAGAAAACCCUAAAAGGAUUGCAGCAAGCUCAGUAUCGCGUGGUAACGGAGAUACAGAGGCAAACCAUAGGUUUGGCUUUACAAGGUAAAGAUGUACUCGGAGCUGCAAAGACUGGAUCAGGCAAAACCUUGGCUUUCAUUGUCCCAGCUUUGGAGCUCCUGUACCGCCAUCAGUGGACGUCAGCUGACGGCCUGGGAGUGUUGAUCAUAUCACCUACCCGGGAACUGGCCUACCAGACCUUCAAGGUUCUGCGUAAAGUGGGAAAGAAUCAUGAGUUCUCAGCUGGCCUUGUCAUAGGAGGAAAGGAUCUGAAAGAAGAGUCUGAAAGAAUCCACCACAUAAAUAUGCUAAUUUGCACUCCGGGACGGCUUCUACAGCACAUGGAUGAAACUUCGUAUUUCUAUGCAUCUGAUCUGCAAAUGUUGAUUCUUGAUGAAGCUGAUAGAAUUCUAGACAUGGGGUUUGCUGAUACAAUGAAUGCAAUCAUAGAAAAUCUCCCUAAGAAACGCCAGACCUUGCUUUUUUCUGCAACACAAACAAAAUCUGUGAAGGAUCUUGCACGACUGAGUCUGAAAGAUCCAGAAUAUGUUUGGGUUCAUGAGAGAGCCAAAUUCAGUACCCCAGCAACACUGGAUCAGAACUACAUUGUUUGUGACCUUCAUCAAAAAGUAAACGUGUUAUACUCCUUUCUGAGAAGUCACUUGAAAAAGAAGAGCAUUGUGUUUUUUGCAAGCUGUAAAGAGGUCCAGUAUCUAUUCAGAGUGUUCUGUAAGCUUCAGCCUGGUCUUCCUGUACUGGCACUCCACGGCAAGCAGCAGCAGAUGAAAAGAAUGGAAGUAUACACUUGCUUUGUUCGGAAGAAGGCAGCAGUACUUUUUGCUACAGAUAUUGCAGCUCGUGGUCUGGAUUUUCCAGCAGUGAAUUGGGUCAUUCAGUUUGAUUGUCCAGAAGAUGCCAACACAUACAUCCAUAGAGUGGGAAGAACAGCCAGGUACAAAGAAGGUGGUGAAGCAUUGUUAGUGUUGCUUCCCUCAGAAGAAAAAGGCAUGGUGGAACAGCUGGCACAGAGGAAAGUACCUGUCAGUGAAAUCAAAAUUAAUCCUGAAAAACUUACAGACAUCCAAAAGAGAAUGCAGUCUUUCUUGGCUCAAGAUCAGGAGUUGAAGGACAAAGCUCAGAGGUGUUUUGUAUCCUACUUGCGUUCAGUUUACUUGAUGAAGAAUAAGGAAGUAUUUGAUGUUUUCAAGUUGCCUUUAGCAGAAUAUGCCCUAUCACUUGGUCUUGCAGUGGCACCUCGUGUGAGAUUUCUUCAAAAAGCUCAGAAACAGCUACGUGUGAAGGAGGCAGCUAAUGGAACAGAUCACUUGAAGGAGACAGAGCAAAAUAAAAACACCAUGUCCUCAAUAAAUGAUGAUGGAGUGGGGAAAUGUGGAACUGAUUUCAGUGGAAAGGUUUCUGUUAACAAAACAAAGGAAGAGGACAGGAGAGAAACAGAGGAAUGUUCUGCUUCCAGUGAUGGUGUUGAAGAGAGUGGUGAGUCUGAGGAUGAAGGAAAAGAGGCCUCAGAGGAGGAGGAGAAAAAAGAGGCUUCAGUAUCAAGCCGGGUGCCAGACCCAGACUCUUUGCAGUUCUUUGAAGAUGAUGAUGAUGACGAUGAUGAUAGUAAAGGUCUUGAUUUGCUGACAGUGAAACGAAGGAAUGUUUUUGGUGUGGAAGCUACAGAUAAUGCAGCACCGAACACAUCAAAAUCAAAAAUGAAGAAAAAGGCAACUAAAACCCAAGAAGCCAAAAAAAUCUUGAAGAAGAAAUUUAAAGUCAACACAAAAAUAGUUUUUACUGAAGAUGGAGAGUUAGUGCAGCAGUGGCCACCUGUGCAAAAAUCCAGUUUGGCGAAAGCAGAUGAAGACGACGAUGCCAGUGGUAUCAACUUAGAUAAAGCAAAAGAGAUACUGAGGGAAGAAGACAAGUUUGACAAAGAAGAAUACAGGAAGAAAGUAAAGGAAAAACACAGGGAGAAAAGGCUAAAAGAAAAAGCAGCAAGGAGAGAAGCCAGGAAUAAGAAUGCAGAGGCUGAAGAGGAAACAGUGGCCUUUCUUGCUCACAGUGGAAGUGAGGAAGAGUUUGAUCCAAGUACUCUUCCAGAUCCUGAUAAAUACAAAGAUUCUGAUGAAGACCAGGAUUCAGAAAGCGAAGACAGCUUCAGUGAACUUGAGGAGAAAGGUGGAAGAAAGAAAAGAUGCUACAGCAACAGUUCUGCCGCAGAAGAAACACCUCUGAAAAGAAAGAAAGCAAAAUUCAGCCAAGAGGAGGACUCCUAUUUGCCAUUAGAUACUGGGCUUUCUCUGGCAGAGGAUGAAGAGCUUGUCCUACACCUGCUCAACAGUCGCAGCUAAUUAUUUUUCUGCAAAUUUUCUUUUCUGGGACAUCUCCACGGUUUUGUCAGUAGCCUACACGAAAUGAGUUUGGCAGCUGGGUACUAGUGGACAGAGAUAAACGAGUUCUGUGUGCAAUGGGAUUGCCUUAGAUUGGUUCACAGAUUAUAGGCAAUAUUUAGUUUGAUUUAUAAGGCUUUCUAAAUGAACUUUACAACCUAAAUCCCCAGAUGUCGUUUUGCAGUAACACGUUCAUAACUUGAAAUCUCCACGUUCUGAAGCAAUUAUCUUUUUUAAUUUUCAUCUUGCUUUAAAUAAAAAUGGGAUGCUCCUUUCUUGACUGUGUCAGGUUUGUUAUUUUAAAAGAUAAAUGGGUACAAAAAUUAUUAAAGAAGAAAUAAUGU